AUGGCGGCGGUGGCGGAAGCAAGGAAGGUCCCACGGCCGGGCAAGGGUGGCUACGAAGCCCAUGGCUUGAGCGAAGAAGAAGCGCGUGUUCGAGCAAUCGCGGAGAUAGUUAACUCCAUGGUGGACCUCUCACACAAGGGCCAAAAAGUGGACCUCAAUGCGCUCAAGUCCGCGGCGUGCCGCAAGUACGGCCUCGCACGCGCACCCAAGCUCGUGGAGAUGAUCGCCGCGCUCCCCGACGCUGAGCGUGAAACGCUCCUCCCCAAACUCCGCGCCAAACCCGUCCGUACCGCCUCCGGAAUCGCUGUCGUCGCCGUCAUGUCCAAGCCGCACCGCUGCCCGCACAUCGCCACCACUGGGAAUAUUUGCGUUUACUGCCCUGGCGGUCCCGACUCCGACUUCGAGUACAGCACUCAGUCCUACACCGGUUACGAACCAACCAGUAUGCGUGCGAUUCGUGCGAGGUAUAAUCCAUAUGUCCAAGCAAGGAGCAGGAUAGAUCAGCUUAAGCGUUUGGGCCAUAGCGUAGACAAGGUUGAGUUUAUCUUAAUGGGCGGUACCUUCAUGUCACUUCCAGCUGAUUACCGUGAUUACUUUAUAAGAAAUCUUCAUGAUGCUUUGUCUGGGCACACAUCUGCCAAUGUGGAAGAGGCAGUGGCUUACUCCGAGCAUGGUGCAACCAAGUGUAUUGGCAUGACAAUUGAAACGAGGCCAGAUUAUUGUCUUGGGCCUCACUUGCGCCAAAUGCUUUCUUACGGUUGUACACGAUUGGAGAUUGGAGUCCAAAGCACCUAUGAGGAUGUUGCCCGAGACACAAAUAGAGGACACACUGUAGCUGCUGUAGCGGAUUGUUUUUGCUUAGCUAAAGAUGCUGGUUUCAAGGUUGUUGCUCACAUGAUGCCUGAUCUUCCAAAUGUUGGUGUUGAGAGGGACAUGGAAAGUUUUCGGGAGUUUUUUGAGAGUCCCUUGUUUAGAGCAGAUGGGCUAAAAAUAUAUCCUACACUUGUAAUUCGUGGAACAGGGCUUUAUGAGCUCUGGAAAACUGGCAGGUAUAGAAAUUAUCCACCCGAGCAACUUGUCGACAUCAUAGCAAGGAUCCUUGCAUUGGUACCCCCAUGGACACGUGUUUAUAGAGUUCAGCGGGAUAUUCCCAUGCCUCUGGUUACCUCUGGGGUUGAGAAAGGGAAUCUGAGGGAGCUAGCAUUAGCUCGAAUGGAAGACCUGGGAUUGAAAUGUAGAGAUGUUCGGACCAGGGAAGCUGGAAUCCAGGAUAUUCACCACCAAAUUAGGCCAGAGGAGGUGGAGCUUGUUCGACGAGAUUAUAUGGCAAAUGAGGGUUGGGAAACAUUUCUAUCAUAUGAAGAUACACGACAGGAUAUCCUUGUUGGUUUGUUGCGACUGCGAAAAUGUGGCCGCAAUACUACAUGUCCAGAGCUUAUGGGAAAGUGUUCUAUUGUUCGUGAACUCCAUGUUUAUGGAACUGCGGUACCAGUUCAUGGACGGGAUGCUGACAAGCUACAACACCAGGGUUACGGUACACUUUUAAUGGAGGAGGCAGAGCGUAUUGCUUGCACAGAACACAGAUCAACAAAAAUAGCUGUAAUUUCAGGGGUGGGUACUCGCCAUUAUUACAGGAAACUGGGAUAUGAGCUUGAAGGACCAUACAUGGUGAAAUAUCUUGUGAAAAAACACUAG